AUGGUAUUCAACAUCAUUGCUCCCAUUGCAGCUGGUGUCCUUGCGGACACAGCCAAGGCAAUCUCCCCUGCCGUCUUGGACCUGGACAAGUCCCUCAACAACAGCAUGACUGGUGGGCUCGCCACCAACAUCACUCAUGUCAUCUGCCGAAACCCUGGAUUUGGUUGGUCUCCCACCGAGAUGCUUGCUGAUGGCAUCACCUACCUGAACGACAAAGACGGCUACACUGAGUUCGGCUGGAAGGUUGGUGGAGGCUGCUGCACCCGUGUCUCUUGCGAGAAGGACUCUGGCAUCUAUGUCUGCAAUGACAACUGUUGGAUAGCUACUAUCCGAGCAGUCAUUCCUUCCCACACUAGCAGUCUUUAA